AUGGUCUACAUCAAGAGUCCUUAUCCUUCCGUACCAGAGCUACCACCUCUCAACGUACAUACGCUACUAUUCGAGCGUCCGCCUGGGAAUACUAUUCCACGUGAUUUUGUCGUCCAUAUAGAUGCUCUGACCGGCGAGGAGCGGACGUAUGGGCAAUUUGUUGAACGUGUUAGGGAUUGCGCAACGGCGCUUGCAGCCCCAGUGCACCAAGGAGGUUUAUGUAUACGACAUGAUAACGACACGACGGAGAUCAUCGCACUAUUCUCGCCAAACUGCUUGGAUUACAUGACUUUAGUACAUGCUGCGUUGGUCGUGACGAUCCCAUUUGCACUUAUUCCGUCAAAACCUACUAUGCCUGAGCUUAUUUACUUGCUCAACAAGUUAAAAUCCGGCUCUAACAACAUAAAAAUACGCUUGUUCACUCACUCGUCGCUCCUUGGUCAAGCGUUCAGUGCCUCAAAACAAGUGGGCCUCCCAACUGAUUGCAUUUAUUUAAUCGACUCUGGGAAAGCAGGCUCGAAAACAUUAGACAUUGGUUCUCUUAUCCAAAACGUCAAGACCAAAAAGCUUCCUCGACAGUCUGUGGUUCCUGCUCAAAAGAAUACACUAGCUUAUCUCGUAUUCUCAAGUGGUACAAAUGGACCUCCCAAAGCCGUUAUGAUUUCUCAAGGAAACUUAUGCUUUACAACAAUGCAGUCCAUUAUCGGGAGGAUGGAAGACUCAAAAUACGUACCUGCACCUCCAGCGCCACCACCUCCCCCCCGUUGGCUUUGUUUCCUUCCCUUCUACCAUUCAAUGGCUUUGCACUUCUUCAUCCUUAAAGCCGUACUAGCUCCGAGUACCAUGGUCGUUCUCCCGCGGUGGAAUAUCAAUCAAGCCUUAGCUGCUAUUUCCAAAUACAAAAUAUCGCACUUGGGUCUCGUUCCGUCUAUUGUCCACCAACUCGUCAACUCGCCACAAACUGCAAAAGCGGACUUGUCAAGCGUUCGUGUCGUUGGAUGCGGCGCUGCGUAUCUUUCACCAGACCUCUCGGAGCGCUUCCGCAAGAUGCUUGGACACUCUGCGACGACUCAAGCAACGGGUGAAGAGGCGGCUGUGGCGGAGGGAUAUGGUCUUUCCGAAGCGACAAUAGGAAGUAUAACAAGGCCAAACCCUGGGCAAUACGGUCUGCAGCCUGAUCCGAAGAGUACUGGUAUUCUGAUUACGGGCCAAGAGGCACGGAUCGUUCGUGAGGAUGGCUCGGAUGCGGAUUAUGACGAACCUGGGGAGUUGCUACUGAAGGGUGGGAACGUUGCAUUAGGGUAUUGGGGUGACGAAGAAGCAACUCGUCAAGCGUUCCUUCCAGAUGGCUGGCUGAGAACCGGAGACCGUUUCCGGGCGACCAAGUCUGGUGUCUUAUAUUAUGAGGAUCGCUUAAAAGACACACUCAAAGUCUCAGGCGCCCAAGUAGCCCCAGCAGAGAUUGAACAAGUCCUGCUCUCACACCCUGAAGGAUUCGUCAUCGACGCGGUCGUUGCGGGAGUUCCGGGUCCUACAGAGCGUGAUGAGCGUGUUCCUCGCGCGUGGGUCGUCCUUAGUCCUGCUGGUUCUAAGUUAGGUGAGCGUGAGGUGGUGAAGAGGUUGGAUAGUUGGGUUCGUGAGAGUUUGAGUAGGUAUAAGUGGUUGACGGGAGGGAUCGCUACGGUGAAUGAGAUACCGAAGAACCCAACUGGGAAGGUGUUGAGACGGGUGCUUGUUGAUGAGUAUAUGAAAGAGAAGGAGAAGGCGGUUAGAGCGAAGCUGUGAUUUAGCUUAGUCCUUUCUUCGCGUAUAGCGUUUUUUCAAUUAAGUAUCGUUGUUGUUUGCU